UUCGUUUCAGUUCGUUGCUACGUUCUUACAGACGUGUUCUGCUCAAGUAUAGCUAGUACUCAAUGCGGGUUAUAUACAACAAUUAGUUCUUUCUCGUUUUCGGUCUUGCACAAACUAAUAAAUUAUAUUUCUGUCAACUUAGUCAAAAAAAUAUAUAAUUAAAUCUAACCAAGGACACUAAGUAAUUUCACGAUAAACAUACAAACUUAAGAAGUGAGUGUUGAAAAAAAGAUAGUGAAAGUGUUUGCAAUUGGAAGAUCUUUGCAAAGUGAUGAAUGAAUUGAUAAAAUAAAGGAUAUAUAAGUAUAUAUUUUUAUUGGGAUAACCAAUAUUAACUUCAGUACUUAACUGUUUCGAAUUGGUUAGCGCGUUAAAGGGUCAUAUACACGUAGAAAGCUGAAAAUUGUAUCCUGAAAUUUAUCAAAGAACACUUCAACAAUGGAACCAAAACACUCCUUAUUGACCAUUGCGCUCAUUGCAGCGCUUGUUUGUUCCACAUUGGCAGCCAAAAUGCCUGAUUACAUACAAAUAUGCCACCGAAAUGAUCCAAAGAUAGCCGAGUGUGUUAAGGACUCAGUACACUCUAUACGACCACACUUGGCAGAUGGUAUUGCGGAGUUAAAUGUGCCCGCCAUGGAACCGCUUUUUAUUGGCGAUCUAAAUAUAUUAGAAGGUGGUGCCAACGGGAUUAACGUUAAAGUGAAAAAACUUAAUGUUUGGGGUUCAUCGAAUUUCGAAAUCAAAAAAAUUAGAGCCUCGGACGAUGCUAAACGCUUUGAUUUCGAACUGAUUUUGCCAUAUCUACAUGGUGAGGGCAAUUAUAAUAUCAAUGGGCAGCUGUUGGGUUUAACAUUGCGGGGUAAUGGACCUUUCACUGGAAAUUUCACCAACUUUUAUGCUUUUGUGAAAGUUGUUUUCGAUGUUAAACCCGUCAACGAUGUUGAAAUGAUUAGUCUCAAAGAUUUAGUUGUGAAAAUUCGCACUGGCAGCGGAAGUAUACAUUUACAGAAUCUAUUUGGAAAUGAUAAAACGCUUGGCGAUAUUAUAAAUGACACCAUUAAUCAAAACUUUGAAGUUUUCACCAAUGAAGUUAUUCAACCAAUCGAACGCGCCUUGGAAAAGAGAUUCAGCGACGUGGCAAGUCAAAUCCUAGACAGCUUCACCUACAAUGAACUGUUUCCCGUUUAAAUGCGCAAGCUCUACACGUUAGUAAUAAAUAGUAACAAUUGUUCACUUAUAAUAUAAUCA